AUGAGCACCAAGCAGGUCACCUGCCGGUACUUUCUGCAUGGCGUGUGCCGGGAGGGCAGCCGCUGCAUGUUCUCUCACGACCCGUCCAGCAGCAAACCCUCCACCAUCUGCAAGUUCUACCAGAGAGGAGUCUGCGCCUACGGGGAGCGAUGCAGAUACGACCACAUCAAGCCGUCCUACAGGGGAGGAGGCGGAGCGUCAGACGGCAAGGUCGGCCCCGGAGGCGGAGCUCCGCUCAGAAAACCCACGAGAGACGCCCAAGGACCUCUGGACGGUGUUUUUGGGGGUCCUCCGCCUCUAGGCCCGGGUCCCGAGGCGUCGACGGCGUCUCCCCACUCCUACGUGGACGCCAUCCGAACGGGCCUGGAAGCGUCUGCGCCCGAACAAGCCCCUCCCCAGAUGGGCGGAGCCUACCGAGAUUUUACCCAGCUGUGCCCGUACGCUGCCGCCACUGGCAGAUGCUUCUACGAGGGCGACUGCCCGUACCUCCACGGGGAUCGCUGCGAAGUGUGCCGGCUGCCUGUGCUACACCCGCACGACGCCGAGCAGAGGCGGGCCCACGAAAAGAUGUGUAUGCUGGCCUUCGAGAGAGACAUGGAAAAAGCCUUUGCUGCGCAGCUCAGCCAAGACAAGGUGUGCUCCAUUUGCAUGGAGGUGGUGGUUCAGAAGGCAGUCCCGUCGGAGCGCCGCUUUGGAAUUUUGUCGGCGUGCUGCCACGUCUUCUGCCUGGCCUGCAUCAGGCAGUGGCGAUGCACGCGCAACUUCAGCAACAAGAUCAUCAAGUCAUGUCCCGAGUGCCGUGUGGUGUCAGAGUUCGUCAUCCCGUCGGUGUACUGGGUGGAGGAGCAGGAGGACAAAGAUAACCUGAUCGAACUCUUCAAAUCCGGAGUCAGCAAGAAGGCGUGCAAGUACUUCGACCAGGGCCGCGGCUCGUGCCCCUUUGGAGCCAAGUGUCUCUACCUCCACGCCUUCCCGGACGGUAGCCGGGCGGAGGCAGACAAGCCGCGCAAGCAGCUGGGCUCGGAGGGCAACGUCCGGUUCAUGAACAACGUGCGUUUGUGGGACUUCAUCGAAGAGCGCGAGCAGCGCCCUCGGCCGCCGGCGCCGGACGACGACAUGGCCGAGCUGCGCGAGCUCUUCAUGCAGAUGUCGGCGCCGGGAAACGAUGGGCCCGAGACGCCGCCGGAACCGCCUAGGCAGUAG